AUGAGUCAAGACGAAGUUGUCAUCACCGCGUUACAUCGCGAUCUCAGACACAAAUAUGAGAAACAUUUCCAAACAAUCGAAAAGGUCUGGCUACUCGCCAACCAAGCCAAGCGGCAACAGCUCUUCCAAGGGUGCACCCAUCCCCUCUAUGAACCAGAACAAGAUUGGAACGUCGCCGAUAUUACAGAGGAUAAGGAUCUCUUUCUCCGCAUGCUAACAUGGCGGGCCACAGCAACACUGGAAAACCAGUUCCACUGGGGUUUGGAUUGGGCACGAGGCGGUGACAUAAAUGUCGCCGACAGGUACCAGUUGGAGCAGUGGACUAGGUACCCAAACUAUCAUGAGGGAACUUAUAUUUACAUACAGGAAGAUCUCUACGGAGAGACGUUUGAUGUCAAACCCACGCUUAUGGACGACCGUACUGGGAGGGGCUACAGCCCCAAGCUGACUGGGCUGGUGAGACGAUGGAACCUCAUGCCGUAUCGCCUUGUGAGUGUUGUGCUUCGGAGACAAGUCAACAUUAUUUACUGUCUGAACGCUCUGGUCGAUAAGGUCCUCGAUACUGAGAAAGCUCAAUGUCUGGAGAAGAGUGCCCGGUAUGCCGAGGAGGACCGAACCCCUACAUUGGACGGUCUGAUCGCCUCUGCUGGAGGGUACAAAACACAUUAUCAGACAUGCUUGUACCGUUUUCACAACGACACCAGGUUCCUCUCCAAGUGCGUCCGUGAUCAACUCGAUAGUCGACCCGAACGCACCUGCCACCUCGAAGGGCUGGAUCAGGAACAUCUCGCUGGCUCCAUCGGACGCGAUAUCUUCGACGCCACCUACACCAAAGUUCGAAGCCUCGCCUUCUGGCGAUCAGUACAUGAACUCCUCGUUCUUGCCUACUCUACCGGCGACAACCGAAGGUUUCUACAAGAGAUUUUCCAAUUGUGCGAACAGCAAUGCGAAAUCGUGAAGCAGAACGUCAAGCGACAUAUCGCUAUGGGCAUUGCGAAAGGACGCUGCUACUAUAGUGCCAUCCAUGGGCGCUUUUUUGACACCUACAGAGGAGAGUGGAUAUUGAAGGAUAUUCACAUCCAUUAUCUUAUGGACCUUGUCACUCGUGUGUGGGGUCCGGAUAUGACGAUUUGCCAACUGAGGAAGUUGGAUGAGUUCUACAAAGAGAAGCCUGACGAACACUCAAGGCUUUCAGAAAGGGAAUCUGAAGCUCUGUAUGAACUGUGCACCAUCCUUGCAUUCUUCCAAGACUUCAAGAAAAUCUUUCCUCGGGCGGAAGACUUUAGCGACUUCAAGAUGACGGACAACCUUCUCUUCGAACGAGGUCUGAGAUUGCUCGAUCGCGACAUCGAACGACUUCGACGAAACCGUUUCCCACACAUUUGCGACAUCAACAUCACCGAUCUCGAAGAUCCAUUUACAGCGAAACAUGCGCUCGAUGAACUAAGAGUCUACGUCAAACGACACCUUGGCACGGGCCUUGGUAAUCUUUAUAGGGACCAAGUGUUUGACAUGCUCGAUGCUGUGCAAACUCCUGAACUGAUACGCAUUCCUGAUCUCCUGGAACCGGAUUUUGGGAAGAGAUUGAGGAGUAGGCAGGUGAGGGAGGCGAGACGUUUGCUUUUGCCUUGUAAUGAGAUUGUCGCUGAGCCAUCUACCGAUUUGGGCAGAAUGAUUACGGGCGGUAGGACGAGGAUUGUACGCUCGGAGAUUGCUGCAACUCUUCUAGAAUUGUUUGAUAAGGACUCGACCAAUGUCAGCAAAGACAUGGAUCAGGUGUAUUUCUAG